AUGUCGAGUAUGAACGACGAAGACAGCAAUGUCUACUCAUCUGGCUUUCAACCAAUGCCUUCACCCCCUCCGCCACCUCCAAUAACGUCUGUAACCAAGUCUAAUUAUACAGGUAAAGCUCGAAUUAUUCAAUCUUCGGUCUAUGCCAGUCGAGACUCAAGGAGAGCAAAAGCACGUCGCAAAAAGACUGGAACACAAAUGAAUGCGUCACAACCUGUUAAAGUGAUGAAUGGAAACGACUCGACAAUUUCUACGGGUAGUGAUCCUCAUGCUCGUCCUGCUCAUAUGCUGAGCGUUGUUGAGCUAUGCAAUAAUAGUGAAGAAGAUGUUGAAAGUGUGACGACGACAGCAAUUGAUACACCAAUGCAAUCAGCUGAUGAAGAUGGUAAUGAGACGGGAGAUGAUGGAUGGGCAGAUCAUAAUCGAUGGUAUUGUAAUAUAUGUAAGGAUGGAGGCGAAUUAUUGUGCUGCGAUCGAUGUCCUCGAGCAUUUCAUAUGAGCUGUUUAGGCAUGAGUGAUGAUAUGAUUCCGACAAGCGAGUGGUAUUGCAAAAUGUGCUCUGAAUGUUUGGACCGACGUCGUCAGAAAAAAGAGUCGAAAGAAAAAGCACGAGUGAUGCGCGAGACAGAAAAACUUGAACGUGAUGCUCGUCGACGCCAAGCUGAACAAAUGAGGGAAGAACUUCAAGCUAAAAAAUCCGUGGAAGCAAUUGAAUUAAAAGCAAAGCGCAUCUUGGAAAUGCAAGAUCGUAUUUUAAGUCGUAAGAAAGUCAAGUACAAAGAUAAAGAGGAAGAAAAACUUGGAAAACUUGCAGAAGAUCUUGGCAAGACCGUACGAGUAUCAAAAGAAAAACUAGAAAAGCUAGAGAAAGAAGAUGCAGCACUUCGAAGGAAAGAAGAAGCUUUGAACAAAAAGAAACGUGACAUUGAUGCUAUUCCACGUGAAGUGAUGGAAGAUACGUCGCAUCUGGACAAACCAACUCCACUGCCAUGUGAUUUUGGAGAUGUGCCGACGAAAUAUAUUGGCAAUGUCUUAGCAAUUUGGGACUGUCUUUAUGUGUUUCGUGACGCUCUUGAACUUGCAGAAAUUUCUGUCGACCAAUUUAGCCGCGCAAUCUGCUUUUCGAAACACUCACCGAUACUUACAGAGAUUCACUUGUGUUUACUAGAAAUGAUUCUCGAAGAUAGGGAAGGAGAAGAUUAUGUUUCAGAUGAUGAAUCACCCGUUGACGAUGGUGAACGAUAUCGCUACGAAGUUCAGCACGCACCAUUAACUGUUGGCAUGCCAACGCGCUCAAUGCUGACAGCUCUAACGUGGCCAUCAAUUCUAUGCAGUUUGAUUGCGGCCGUACCUCGUUAUACAACGCACGCGACAUCGACAUUUCUGGCAGCGUUUCAUGCUCUGCACGACACUGACUAUCCUGAAUUAUCAGUGCAACACAAACUAGCGUUAUUGCAUUUUCUUGUUGGUCGCUUUGUUGGUACAGAACGUGUGCGUGAGUUGUUGAAUCGACAUCUUGAUGAUACAAUUCAAAGCACAAAAGAGUACAAUCGCACUGUACUACUCGACAAGAAAGUCACGGUAGAGGAAGAAAAGAAACUUAGAGAGAAGCAGCGUGCAGAGCUCGCUAGGAUUGUCGAAUCAAAUAAGACUUCCGUAUUGGACAAGGCUGGUACGGAGGAGUUGGAGGAGAGUAAAAUUGAGUUUGAGGGAGAAGUAGGCUCUGCGAGCGACUCAGAUUUAGAUGCUUUGGCGUACAAUGAAGAAGCUUUGUUGAAGAACGAUGAAGAGCUCGAGAAGCUUCAGCUGCAGGACUUUAUCUCGCGUCAUGAAUACGUUGCUCGAAAAAAUAAACUUGAAAAACAGCGCGAGCGGUUGCGUCAGCGUAUGGAAGUGAAGCAACGUAAGCAUAAACUUCAUGAACAACUUGAACGGAAACGCAUGCAGGCAAAGAAGAGCAUUACCGAUGGUUUGACAUCCAAAGAUGCCGACAUGCUUCGUAGUGCCAUUGAUAAAGGCAAAGAAUGUGGUUUACCAGAUAAAGUUAUCGUCUCAGCAAGACAUGUGUUGGAAAUUCUCGAUGCAGAAGCAAUUCGAGAGCGAAAGAUUGUGGAAACGAAGCGUAAAUGGAGCGCAUUGCUUCGUCAAUCAUUUGUUCGAACUGAGCCUAUCGGACGUGAUCGAGACCAAUUUCAGUACUGGGUUUUACGAGGAGAUUUGCGACGUGUGUUUGUGCAAAAAUCUGGUCCAUCAGACAAGUUGCAACGUCGAUACGAGUCACUACCAAAGAGUGGAUCUCCACGGGAUAACUUGGUCCAAGUGGAUGACAAUAAUAAUGCGACGUGGUAUUGCUACGCGUCUCAAACGGAAGUGAAUUGCUUAAUGGAAGCACUUGAUCCGCGUGUACCUCGUGAGGCAUUGCUUCGUUCAGCUUUAGCGGACGAGUUAGUCGAGCUGUCGAACGAAAUGCCUGUGUCCAAGCCAGGAUUAUUGAUCUCCGAUUUGCUCAACGAAGAAAAUACGAAGAAGCGCGCACAAAGUUCGACUGGCGUGUUGGUUGAUGAGGAAACCGAGUUUUUACAAUGGAAGAAUGUCAAACACCCGAAGAGGCGAGCAGUGUUACAUGUCGAACCAGGAGUCGAGUCGUUCCGUGAAGAGUUGCUUAAGGGUCAAAAUUGGAUUUGCAAAUGUCUACGUACACUUGGGUCGACGUGGCCAGAUCGUCCAGAAAAUGGUGGAAUCGAGUGGCGCAAAGCUGUGCAAACGAUUGACAAGAUGGAAGACUUUAUGCAGUAUUUGUUGGUGCUAGAAAGCGAGCUGAUGGUGACGCAAAAAACAAAGCGAGGGGUGGGCAGUGCUACAACGACUGAUCCCAUUGAAGGUGAAUCACACGCUAGAACGGAAAGUUUUGAUGAAAAGAGCGAAGACGAGGAAGACGAAGAGGAUGAGGAAUUGUUGGUAGAUGAUGGCACAAUGCUCUGGCCAUCUAAGUCUAGUCGAGAGCGCUGGCUUCAAAUGGUCAAACGUGGCAAGACCGUUGCAAUUCUUGCCACGGCGCUAGCGUCAUUAGUACAUCGUCUUGAAGUCCUUGGCUUCAUAAGUAUGUCAAAUGAAAUUGUAAUGAAAACGCGCGCGAAUAUUGAAAAGGAAAAACGAUCUCAAAAGGAACGUGCAGUGAAGAAAAAGAAACAGGAAGAACAAAGUGACAAUCGGUUGCACGAGUCAGUCGACGAAUGGGAAGAAGAUUGUUACCUUUGUAGCGAAGGCGGUGAACUUGUGUGUUGCGAUGGCUGUCCGCAUGUCUUUCACUAUUCGUGUAUUGGUUUGCGACGUGUUCCUCGUGGUAAAAUCUUCUGUCAUGAGUGCGAUACAUCUGUGAAUCCAGUCGUUUCUGCGUCCAAUGGUGGUAAGAAAAGUCAAAAACCAUUAAAUAAACGAUCACGAUCGGCUCAUUCCCCAUCCUCACGGAGUCGACGCCGAAAACAAGGCAAAACCGACAAGAUUAAGUCGGACAAUUCUGAUUCGGAAGCAAGCGAUAUGAACUCGGAAUCUGGCACAUCUGUGACGUCGACUCGCAUCUCGGUGCGACAGGCUCAUACAGGACCAAAGAGCUCAGACGAUCAAUGGGAUAUUGACUGCAGUGUUUGUGGUCUUGGUGGCGAGUUGCUCUGUUGUGACGGAUGUCCACGUGCAUUUCAUGUCAAUUGUAUUGGUCUCGUUACAAUUCCAGAGACGGAAUGGUUUUGCAACGAAUGUAAUUUACAAACGUGUGGAACUUGCAAGAAAAACAAGAUUCGACUUGAUUCGCAUGUCAUUUGUGGCUCUGAAGACGGUUCCAAAGGCUGUGAUCGCGUCUUUCACUUGAAAUGUGCUAAGCUCGAUGCUGUUCCUGCUGAAGACUGGUAUUGUAAGAAAUGCAGUACAAAAUUGAAUCUGGUUUUGAAUAAAGAAAGUGACGAAAUUUGUGGUAGAUUCAUCGAUUGA